UGGCCUGUUUACCUUUUGGCCAAUUUGCCUACUUCCACCGCCAUACUUCCCUCCAACUCUUCUUCCGUCAUCGGGCCUCCUGGUGUAUCUAAUAUUUCUUUUGGGAAUGUCAACGAGUUUUCUGAGCCCGAACCUCUUGCCUGGUCUGGCGAGCCAGUCAUUGUCAAUCUGACUGAUCCAUCCACCCCAUCAGGUGGCUUUGUCUACUCCGAUCAGACCGGACAUACCUGGCCUCCCUCAAGACAUUCCGUAGAUCUCUCAUCUGGUGCCGGUUUACCUGCUGAUGAGGGGCUUGCCAAUUAUGCUUGUUCAUGUCCCUUUAUCCGUCCUAUCGAACUUGCAAUUCUUAUCCUUCUUUCACUUCACAAAUUUUGGUUUCCCCAGGAUUCCGGCCUUGUUUCUUUGGAGUGCAUUACGGAAUACCGACAAUAA